ACGCAACGGUGGCUUUUUUCAACAAACCAUAAAGACAUUGGAACUUUAUAUUUUAUCUUCGGAGCUUGAGCAGGAAUAGUAGGCACAUCCUUAAGACUACUAAUUCGAGCAGAAUUAGGUCAACCAGGAAGAUUGAUUGGAAACGAUCAGAUCUAUAAUGUUAUUGUUACCGCCCACGCUUUCGUAAUAAUUUUCUUUAUAGUAAUACCUAUUAUAAUUGGAGGCUUCGGUAAUUGAUUGGUUCCUCUAAUAUUAGGAGCGCCAGACAUAGCAUUCCCACGAAUAAAUAACAUAAGAUUUUGACUUCUACCUCCAUCACUUACCUUGUUACUAUCAAGAGGAAUAGUAGAAAGAGGAGUAGGCACAGGAUGAACUGUCUACCCCCCACUAGCUGCAGGAACUGCCCACGCAGGAGCCUCAGUAGACUUAGGAAUCUUUUCCUUACACUUAGCAGGGGUAUCUUCAAUCUUAGGAGCCGUUAAUUUUAUUACUACCGUAAUUAACAUGCGAUCACCAGGAAUGACCAUAGACCGACUACCUCUAUUCGUAUGAGCCGUGUUCUUAACGGCAAUUCUUCUUCUUCUAUCACUUCCAGUGUUAGCAGGAGCUAUUACUAUACUUUUAACAGACCGAAAUCUAAACACAUCAUUCUUUGACCCAGCCGGAGGGGGUGAUCCAAUUCUCUACCAACACCUAUUUUGAUUUUUUGGCCACCCAGAAGUCUACAUUUUAAUUCUACCAGCCUUUGGAAUAAUUUCUCAUAUUGUGAGGCAAGAAUCAGGGAAAAAAGAAUCAUUUGGCACCCUAGGCAUAGUUUAUGCCAUAAUAGCAAUUGGAGUUUUAGGCUUCGUAGUAUGAGCUCACCACAUAUUUACAGUAGGAAUAGACGUAGACACACGAGCUUACUUCACAUCAGCUACUAUAAUUAUUGCUGUUCCAACGGGGAUAAAAAUCUUCAGGUGAUUAGCUACUCUUCACGGCACACAAUUUACCUACAGACCAUCACUGAUUUGAGCAUUAGGGUUUAUUUUCUUAUUUACCAUAGGAGGAUUAACAGGAGUAGUCCUGGCUAACUCAUCUAUCGACAUUAUUCUCCACGAUACUUAUUAUGUAGUAGCACACUUCCACUACGUAUUAUCUAUAGGAGCCGUAUUUGGUAUUUUUGCAGGAAUUGCUCAUUGAUUCCCCCUAUUUACCGGCCUAUCACUCAACCCUAAAUGAUUAAAAGUUCACUUUACUACAAUAUUUAUUGGAGUAAAUUUAACCUUCUUUCCACAACACUUCUUAGGAUUAAACGGAAUACCUCGACGAUAUUCUGACUACCCAGACGCCUAUACCACAUGAAAUGUAGUUUCUUCAGUGGGAUCUUCAAUUUCACUUAUCGCUGUCUUAGGAUUCAUCAUAGUAGUAUGAGAAGCACUAACAUCUAAACGACCAGCCCUAUUCUCACUGUUUAUACCAACCUCUAUCGAGUGACAGCACAACUUACCCCCAGCAGAUCACAGCUACAUAGAAAUCCCCCUAACAGCUAAUUA